AUGCUGUACGCGUACAUCCUCACAGUUCUCAUUCUGGCUGUACUUUUCGGACUCUGUCUCAAGUAUCCUGCAACGGCCCUUGGAACAAAGCCCAGACUUGACUUGCUUGGACCGCAAGGACUUCCCGUGCUGGGUAAUCUGUUGGACAUAUACCCGCAUCGGCUGCAUAUACUCUCAUGGAUAACCGCAAUGGGAAGGCAGUAUGGCGAACUAUUCAGCUGGACUGUCCCGCUCACUGGCCGCACGAUCGUGAUCAAUAGACCGGAAUGGAUUGAUCACGUUCACAAAAAUGAAGGCACCAUAUAUGGCAAGGGUGAGGUGGCUCUAGCAGUGUUCUCGCAGUUUCCGGGUAGAGGAAGCCCAUUCUCAACGGAAGGCGCGGAAUGGCGGCAUAGCAGAAAAGUGAUCAAACCUGUCUUUGAGGCGAGAAAUUUGGCUAUUGGUGUCUCAGAGAUAAUGGAAGAGAUGAUGACGCUUGCACAUGGUCUCCUCCAUUAUGCCGCCAAACGAGAUGUAACGAUCGAUUUCAAUGAGCUUUGCGGACGAUUAGUCCUGGCGAUUUUCUGCAAGCUAGCAUUAAGUCUCGACAUGCCGUUGUUGACUGAUGCCUCUUGUUUAUCCGAGCCACAUGUGAUUGUCGAGAACCUCCAUGUCCUUAACACUAUUUCUUCCGGGCGAUUGCCCAAUCCUUUCUGGACGAUCACUGAAAAGCUUGACGGGCGCGAACGACGAUUCAAGGCUGCACGUCAGCAGUUGUUCAAAGUGAUCGAGGAUAUAAUUAAAUCGCGCCAAGACGCAUCCGACAAUGGCGGAACGCAUCGCGACUUUCUCUCUACGCUAUUGGAAGAGGAAGAUACAACGGACCUGGAUCUGAUGCGGGACGAGCUGGUGUCACUGUUAUUCGCUGGGAGGGAUACCACUCAGAAUGCCCUCAUAUGGUCAUUGCAUGAGCUGUCGCGUUCUCCGGCUUGGUUUGAUAAGAUGCGAGAGGAAGCACAAAUGAACGCAUUACCUCCAAAUCAUGCUGCUGAUCCUUGCACGCGUUUGCAGAAUUACCCAAUCCAUCUCGCGGUUCUCUACGAGACGUUACGGCUCUGGCCUGGAGUGCCCAAGAAUGGCCGGUCGGCCUUAAGAGACGAUGUGCUUCCAGCCAUCCCAGAUCGAGGAUACGAUCCAAUUCGCGUAGGUAAGGGCAAUUUUGUGGCGUGGUCCGACUGGGACAUGAUGAAAGGCGAAGCUAUUUGGGGCCCUGAUGCCAAGGUCUUUAAUCCGGCGCGCCAUCUUGAUGCUGAAAGACGUUUUGUCAAGCCUCCUUCUCCUAAAUUCCACGCGUUUGGCGCCGGGCCACGCCUUUGCCCGGGCGUGCAACUUGCAUCGUACGAGUUCGUCGCGAUCUGGGCGAACCUGCUCCCAUCGUUUGACUUUGUUGCAGAGGUGAAGGAGCGGUACCCCACAGACGCGCUCACGAUAACCAUGCGUGAGCCAUUCAUUGUGAAGGCGAUCCCAUGGAGCGGGUAG